AUGCCAACCGCUCACAUCCCUCCGACAUUAGGUGCGGUCUUGGUAGGCAGCUUAGUGUCCAUAUUCCUCUCAGGGACCGUCUCUAUGCAAACGGUCUUGUAUACUUCUGUAUACCAGAAAGACCCGCUUCGACUGAAGAUCAUGGUCUACUGCACUUGGAUGCUGGAUUUCUUGCAUACAGUAUUCAUCUGUGUAGCCGACUGGAGCUACCUUAUAGCGCACUGGGAUGAUCCCAACGUGGUCGAUUGGAUACCAUGGGCAGUCGCGGUCACAGUAGCACUCACAGCAAUCAUGACCUUCGUGGUACAGUGUUUCUUCGCAUAUCGCGUUUAUACAGUCAGUCGGCACAAGUGGCAUAUCGCUUUGCCCUUGGCCAUCAUUGCUUUGGCUAGGCUAGUUGCGGCAUUGGUCUCCACCGCAAUGAUGAUACGGCUGAAGAGCUAUACGGCCUUCAGACAUCACGUCGGAUGGGUAUUUACCCUCGGCCUGUCUCUCUCGGCGGCUCUUGAUGUUCUCGUUGCUGCAUCCCUAUGCUAUUAUCUACGGAAAAAUCGCAGCGGGUUUACCUCGAUGGAUGCUCUUAUCAACGCCUUGACGUUCUACACCGUACAGAACGGUUCUCUAACUUUCAUUGCGACAGUGAUCGCUCUAGCAUGCUGGGUAUCCUUGCGAAAUCUCGUGUUUUUAGCUCUCCAUUUCAUAAUCACUAAGCUCUACGCAAACGCCCUUCUGUCGACGCUGAACGCGCGGCGGGGCCUUCGUCUACAACAUACAUCUUCUGACUUCGAACCCUCACUGCCUGUAGUAUUCACGAACGUGGAACAUAAUGGGAACUCAGAGACGGCAGCAGUGCGCAACCGUCACAAUCCACACUCCGAGAGUAUCCCCAUGGCGACGAAGGUGCAUAUCAAUGUCGAACACACUGUUGAGAUCGAAAGUGACACCGAGCCCGACAACGAUGCAUCGAAAACGACGUUGUGA